AGUUGACAAGGCUACUGCUCAUGCGUACAUUUAUCUCGGGUCAAAGUUGAACCAAUCCGGCAAAUUUUCAAAUGAAGAAAGCACAUGUGCGAUUCGUGAUUCGUGUUUUGAAAGUGCAUUUUCUUAGCUAAAUAUUUUGAAUAUCUGCUACAAAAGGUGUAAGUUGUGUCUGAGGGAUGGCAUCGCUUCUGCAGCAAAUUGUAAAUGGAAAUGAAAGCAGUUCUUUGAUUGUUAUUCAAGAUUCUGUUGAUGUCAGUGGGAGACCACUGCUUCGAUGUCUAACAAAUCAGCUGUCCAGUCGGGUUGAUCAGGUGCAUGUGUUUCUCUUUGAUUGCUCACCCACGGUCUUCUUGUCGGGAUUUGACCCAGCAGUCAGGUCAAAGGUCAUAUGUCAUGACGGCUGGUCAGAUCCUCUAGAGUGGAAUGGGAUCAGUUUGCCAGACGAUCACAAUAUCAUCCACUACAGUGCUCUGAAUGACUUCAGGUCCCACAUUGAGAGUCACAUGACCAAAGGGGUCCAAUCAAUAGCAGUCGUUAUUGAUUCGUUAUCUCCAGUUAUUAUUAACAAGUCUGUGACGUUGGUAUGCAAGGCGUUACAUCAACUAACGCAGUCAACAGAUUGGGAAGGUCCAGAUAUUUCAGAGAUUAUAUGUCUGCUUCAUCAAGACGUGCACGACGUCUCUGCAACGAGUGCUGUCUGUCAUAUAGCAACCACAGUACUCUACCUAGAACCCUACCGAUCCAUUGCACCCAUACAAGAAGAACCAAUGGCAUUGUGUGAAUUAGUUCAUCGUAGGAAGUCCGGCAAGGUUAUACGCAUGAGAGAGGGACUGAGUGUAGACCACGAUUACAGGUUAUUUGUCUUUCCUGAUAAAACAACAGCAAAUGUUGAAGUGGAGGUUGAAGCACAGCCGGAUCCCACAGCUAAUCUUACAUUCAACUUGACUCUGAAAGAGUCUGAGAGAAGAGCCAAAGAUAACGUAGUCUUGCCCUACACCAAAGUCCAGCAAAGACAUGGACAUCCCAUUAAGAUCGGCAGCUCCGAGCAUUCAGGAAAGAUCUUCUAUGAGCCAGAUGAGGCUGAUGAUUAUGAUGAAGAGGAUCCUGACGAUGAUCUAGACAUCUGACGAGAAGCAAGAGAUGUUACCCAUUAAUUUGGGCUCCGUGCAUGAGCAGUAGAGGGCGCUUUUGAGGACUUCUAAGAGCCCAGUGGAUGAGGCACACUGCAUGCAAGUACUGGUUGCACGCAUGUAAGCUUUAUUCACGAGUCGGCCAUAUUAAAUUGAAAGGGAGAUAAAAUUUCAUGGUGCUGCUAAGCACAUGUUUUACCCUAUUGAGCCUCCGUUUAUUUCACGGAGACCGUACGCAGUCAGCACAGCAAAAGGACUGCUUAACCUUACAGGAAAAAGUUGCUUAACUUAGUGACGUAACAAUAGAAAUCUCCAUGCGUGCGCGACCGUUAACACAUCCAGGCUGUGAAAAAGUGCUUAACGUUACCACAACUUUUCCGCUAACUGUUAAGCAGUGCCAUGAAAUUGGGCCCUGGAUUUCAGCAGUUUGUCAUUAGUCAGUCAACUGAAACUUAAGUGCCAGAAUAUUAAGAAAAGUUUGUAUAACUUAGAAUGUUAUUUUAAGUUUACGUUUAGUUUUGGCAUAUCCCUCGUCUUGCCAAAACAUUUUUUAUUAUUCAAUGAAUCCUGUGUCACACAAACUGUUUGUGUUUUUUUUUAAGUACCAUUGUAUUUCAUCUGUAUGAAGCCUUCCUGGUACAUUAAUUAAUAAUUUUUUUUGUUUUUUUGUAAAUAUUGUAAACACUUUGUAACUACUUUUGUGAUAAACUAGUUGUAGAUAAGGUCUCCAAUUUGCAACACCUAAAAGUUUAAGAUGGCAUUACCUUGACACAAGACUGUAGAAAUACUAUCCAUUCUUAGAUGAUGCAAAGAUGCAUCCAGUAGUUUAAACCAACUUUGUUUUUCGUAAAUGAAAUUUAAUACACUAUUAAUAAACUAUUAUUCAAGUGUAGCUUUAGCAUGUUGCUAGAUUUGGUAGCAAUUUUUGCAAAUUUGAUGAAGGCAAAGUUUGUUUGAUACACCACAAGUGUUUUGGGGUGGGUUUUUUUUUGGGGGGGGGGCAGGGUUACAUCUACAUGUAGCAAAGGUUUUAAAUAUGCUAACUUCUGUCUUUCUAUUCACGGAAAAAAAGGAGUUUUUAUAAAGGGAAAAAGGUUGAAAUUCACUUAAUGUACCAAGUCUCUCAUUGAAUGAAGUCACCCUCAUAUAUUUUACUGAUUGGGUAUGAUGUCACAAAACAAUGUAUUCAAUUUAUAAUCGCAUAAAACUUUGUAUCUCUUCAGACAAAUUCAUUUUCCAAACAUGGUAAAAUUUGGACAUACAAUGUAAUUAGCAAAUGUAGUAUACAUGUGUGUAAGCUCCAAAAAUUCAUCGAAUCAGGCGCUUGUUUGAUUUUUACAACUGGAAUUGUUUCAACUGUAAAUUGCCAUAAUUUGAAGCAGUGUAAAAUAUGUUAAACUUCAUAGAGCAAGGAAACGAGUGCAGUUUCUUCAUUCUAAAAGCAUUGUUCUGACAAAAUUGAAUGUAAAACAAAUCAUAAAUCUUUAUAUUUGCCCAAAUCUCUCAAAUAAUCACUUAAGGAGUAUUAAAAUAUGUUAUCAUGCCUCUUAAAGAG